AUGACGAGAAAGUGUAGCACUCUUGAGUUUGAGGAUCGAUGGGUUAGGUUAGUUAAUGAAUGUGGGGUGGUAGAGAAUGAGUGGGUGAAGAAGUUGUACCGUAGGAGAAGGUUAUGGGCAGAGGCGUAUUUACGCGGUCAUUUUUUCGUAGGUAUGAGAAGUACUCAAAGGUGUGAGAAAAUGAAUGCUUUUUUGAAUGAGUACUUGAAUGAAAAAAUGCGACUCUAUGAAUUCUUUAGAAGUUUUGAUUUGGCAAUAGCAUGGCUUCGACAUACUGAGAGCAAAGCAGUUCACACAAGCGAAAACACAAAACCAGUCUUAACCACAAUCCUGCCCGAAUUAGAGGGGAGCGCAGUGGACGUGUUUACAAGGAAUGUGUUCUUCAUGGUGAGGAAGCAUUUGAACAGGCAAGGGUUUCUAAUUUCUGAGGGCUGGAGCGAGGAGGGAGGGAGUCGUACAUAUUAUUACUCGAAAUAUGGUGGACACGAAAUAAGUUGGAGGGUGGAUUAUGAUAGGUCAAUGGAGAAGCUAAUCUGUUCUUGUAUGAAAUUCGAGUCAAAGGGGAUUCCUUGUGCUCACAUGUUUCGCGUGAUGGUGGUAGAAGGAAUGAACAGGAUCUCAAAAGCAUGCAUUUCGAAGCGGUGGACAAAGGGAGUUUACUGUACUAAUAAUGGAAUGAAAGCAUUUGUUGCAAACGAACAGCUGACACAAAUGGCCAGAUAUGGCACUUCAAAGUCCAGCUGUAAUACUAUGUGUUACUAUGCCUCCUACAUGGAUGAUGCGUUUAAUGACCUGCAGCAAAUGUUUGACAAGCAUUCAGUGGACCUAAAGGAGAAGUGGAUUGACAGGGGAUAUGGGGGAGACGGAUUUGCAAUGGAUUCAAGAGUGAUGAAUGAUAGAAGUAGAAGAACAUUCGGGCUGUUAGAUCCCAGGGUGUCCCGGUGUAAAGGCGAUCACAAGCAUGCAGAAGCAAAGAAGAAAAGAAAGUGUGGUCAUUGCAGGAUAGCUCAAGAGGAUAAUCGAGAAUUGAGGGCAACUGUGGACGCACAGACCAUUAGAAUUCAUGAGUUAGAGACGAAUGUACUCGAAGAGCAAAAUAGAGCAGAGGCUCUUCGUGAGCAGCUUCAGGAGGUUAAGCGCCGACUUGUUAGGGUAGUGCAUGAAAUAAGGGGCCGGACGGAAGGAAUGAUGGCUGAGUGUAUGACCUUGGUUGAACAAAUGGUUGAUAGCAAAAUACUCGAUAAGGGACAGGAAAGCUCAACCCGUCGUGCUGAAGACGAGGUUGAACCUACUGAAGUAGUCGACAUUUUUGGCUCUACCAACCACUAA